AUGGGCGAGUUCGAGGAUGCCUUUGAGGACGAGAUCGAGGAGGAGGAUGUCGUCGAGCGUGCCGAGGACUCGGACGGCGUGGAGAUGAUGGAGGACGAAGAGGAUGAGGAGGAGUCCGAAGACGAGGCCACUGCCGAGCAGCGGCGCCAGGUGUAUCUGCCCGGCGAUGCCCUGGCUGAGGGCGAGGAGCUGCAGGUCGACAACUCUGCCUACCACAUGCUGCACAACAUGACUGUCCAGUGGCCCUGCCUCUCGUUUGACUUUGUGCCCGAUGCCAUGGGCGCCAGCCGCUCGGCGUUCCCGCACACAAUGUAUGCUGUGGCGGGCACGCAGGCCGACAACCACUACAAGAACCAGGUUCUGUUUAUGAAGUGGACCCAGCUUCACCGCACUAUCAACGACGACAAGGACAGCGAUGAGCAGCUUGACGACGACAUCAACGAUCUUGACGAGGAUCCGAUUCUCGAGACCAGGACCAUGCGGCACAUGGGCGGCGUCAACCGCGUGCGCGUGCUGCAGGACUACAACUCGAUGGCGGCUGCUACCUGGGCUGACACGGGUAAGGUGCACAUCUGGGACAUCAAGAAGAUCAUGAGCGCGUUUGAGAACCCGGGAUCGCAGGUGCCCACAUCGGCGCAGACGCCGCUGUUCACGGUUGCCUCGCACGGCCGCACCGAAGGCUACGCGAUGGACUGGAACCCCGAUGGCAGACUGAUCACGGGCGACUGUGCUGGAAAGAUCUACCUGACGACGCGGCGUAACAACACGGGCGCCAGCUUUGUUGCCGAGAACACGCCGUUCCGCGGCCACCAGGGCUCAGUCGAGGAUCUGCAGUGGAGCCCCGAGGAGUCGUCAGUGUUUGCAUCCUGCUCCGUCGACCAGACAAUCAAGAUUUGGGACGUGCGCGCCAAGACCCGUGGCCAUGCCCUCGAGGUUCCUAACGCCCACGACUCGGACGUCAAUGUGAUCAGCUGGAACCGCAAAUCGCGGUACCUGAUGGCUAGUGGCGGCGACAAUGGCGAUUUCAAGGUCUGGGACAUGCGCAAGUGGACCGAUGCCAGCGGCCGUUCCUCGCCCGCGGCCCAGUUCCAUUGGCACAAGAAGGCCGUCACCUCGAUCGAGUGGUGCCCGACCGAGGAGUCGGUGCUGGCAGUCUCGGGUGCUGACGACCAGAUCACGCUGUGGGAUCUUGCUGUCGAGCUGGAUGCUGAGGAGGAGGCCCGUCAUCGGGCGGCUAUGGUCGGCCCCAACGGCUCCCGGCGCGAGGAGCUUCACUGGCAUCCUCAGAUCCCAGGUGCUUUGUCGUCGACGGCUCUGACCGGCUUCAACAUCUUCAAGACCAUCUCUGUUUAAAUGUUCGAUCG